AUGGCAGAAGAAAAGAAGUGGACACAUGAACGCAAAAAGUUAUUAAUUACGACAAGACUUCGCCAUGAAGCUGAUUUUAGUGGCAAAAAAAAGAAACGAAAUACCAUUUGGGAAACUAUAUGGCGAGAAAUUAAAGAUGUGGAAAGCUCUUUUCCCUUUUCCAGAGACGAUAUAACUAGAUGUUUCUUAAACAUCAUGGGAACCUAUAAACGCAUCAAAAAAAGAAACAAUACAUCUGGUGAAGCUCCAUCAAACUGGGAAUACUUUGACGAAAUAGAUAAAGUUUUUGGGAGCCGUAGCAGCAUUAAUGUGCCAUUAGAAAUGACUGAUUAUUCUUUCGAAGAAAUAACUAUAAACCCAACGAUUUCUUCUCCGGUUUCUUUAACAAGUGAAGAAGACUUAGCGCCCACAACAUCAAGGAAAAGAAAGAAAAAUGACGUGAUUGAAUUUUUGGAAAAAGAAUCGGAAAAGGAUGGUGAGGUUUUGGAUAAGUUGCUUAAACUUGAAAACGAAAAGCUAGAAGUCGAAAAAGAAAAACUUGCUGAACUGAAAGAACUUCGUGCCUUAUUCGAAGCAAUAGGAGAGAAAAACCGUGAUUGAUCCCUAAAUCAAUAAAAAAUCAGAGUGUUUUAAUUAUAAAAUGUUUUUAUUAUAAGCGCUAAGCUACC